AUGUCUGGUGCGGGAGUCGACAGGGCGGGCGCUGGGCAUCAUGGCAGCGGAUUCCACAUUUUGCCAAACGAAGUGAUUGUUAUCCACGACUCGAGCAGCGAGAGCGAUGAGCAGUCGGAGCCCCGCAUGCCGCGGCCAGCAGCGCACAACGAACACGCCCCCAGUCUAUAUUACAAUUCGCUCUACGACACUACUAGAUUCGACGACGGCAGCAGCAACAGCAGCGUUACUGUACAUAACCCCGGUGUCUCGCACUAUGCGUCGCCACGAUCAGAGCUGGCCAGCACUGCACAUUACGACGGCACGGUUUCAGCCACUACAGCUCCAACAGCUGCAUAUUCUUCAAGAGUUGCCGCCGCCGCUGCCGCCACGACUGCUACUGUAGCCGCCGCCGAAGAGACGCAGCCGCAUGCCUCGGCGCCUUCAGUCACAAAUUCAUCCUCCACUGCGACAGCAACCGACAUUAACGCAGCCAAGCGGAAACAGCUGGAACAACAGAUGGUGUACCAACAGCAGCAGCAACAGCGGCAACAACAACAACAGCAACCACAACAACAACCACAACAACAGCCUGCUUCUGCAGCCGCUGCCGGAAACCACCAGCAGUUUGCCUACAGCAACCUUCUCAUUCACGGCACCUUCCUCUAA